CAAUUUGUGAGGCAGAAGCACAGGUCACAUGAGUAGUAUCGCAGUGGAAUGAAAGGGAAUUACAGAGGCGUGAGAGAGGUGAUUCCCCAGGUGGAUUGGAGGAUGCUGGUGGAGAUGACGUCAGAGCAGAAAUGGCUGACGUUUCUGGGAAUAGUUCAUAAUGUACAGGAUAGAUAUGUCCCACAGACGUAGUUCUCAAACAGCGGGGCUAGGCUAUCGUGGCUGACAAAGGAAGUUAAGGACUGUAUAAAAGCAUAUAAGGUAUUAAAAGUGAACAGUAGGUUGGAUAUUGGGUAGCUUUUAAUAUCCAACAACAGGAAAAUUUAAAACAAAAGCUAUAAGGGGAAAGGUGAAAUAUGACAGCAAACUAUACAAUAAUAUAAACCAGUUAUAAAAUAUACGAAAGGGAGGCGAGAGUUGAUAUUGGACCACUGGAAAAUGAUGCUCAUGGGGUACAAAUGGGGAAGAGAUGGUAGAUGAACUUGAUAGGUACUUUGCAUCCGUCUUGUCCGUGGAAGACACCACCAGUGUGCCAGAGAUCCAGGAGUGUCAGGGAACAGGAGUGAGUGCCAUUGCUAUUACAAAGGAAAACGUUUGAGGCAAACACAGGUUCUUGAAGUGGAUAAGUCACCUGGACCAGAUGGAUUACAUCCCAGAGUCCUGAGAGAGGUUGCUGGAGAGAUAACAGAUUCAUUGGUCAUGACACGUCAAGAAUCACUUGAUUCUGGCAUGGUCCCGGAGGACAGGAAGAUUGCAAAUGCCAAUCCACUCUUUGAGAAGGGAGGAAGGCAAAGUAAAGCAAAUUAUAGUCCAGUUAGCCUAAUCUCAGUGGCUGGGAAAGUGUGGAGUCAUGAUAACAGUUGAGGUUUUGGUGUACUAGGAGACUAAUGAUAUAAUGUCAAAGCCAGCAUAAGUUCUAUACAGGGAAAUCUUGCCUGACAAGUCUGUUACAGAUCUUCGAGGAAGUCAUAAGCAGGAUGGACAAACGAGAGGCAGUGGAUAUCAUUUACGUGGAUUUUCAGAAAGCAUCUGAUAAGGUGACACACAUGAAACUGCUUAACAGGAUAAAAGUCAGAAGUAAUACUGGCAUGGACAGAGGAAUGGCUGACAGCCAAGAGGCAGCGAGUGGGAAUAAAAGGGGCCUUUUUCUGGUUGGCCAGCAGUGAUUAGUGGUCUUCAGGGGUCAGUAUUCGGACCGCUACUUCUCACAUAGUUUGUCAAUGACUUGGAUAAUGGAACUGAUGGGGUUGUGUGGCUCAGACUGUGGGAAGAGAUUCACCACAUCAUCUCACCUAGUGACUCACCAGUCAGUUCACACUGCAGUGAGGGAUUUCAUCUGUUCAGUCUGUGGGAAGAGAUUCACUCAGUCAUCUAACCUACAGAGACACCCGCAAGUUCACACUGGGGAGAAGCUGUUCACCUGCCCAGACUGUGGGAAAGGAUUCACUCGAUCAUUCAACCUACAGAGUCACCAGCGAGUUCACACUGGGGAGUGGCUGUUCACUUGCUCAGACUGUGGGAAUGGAUUCACUCGAUCAUUCAACUUACAGUGACACCAGUGAGUUCACAGUGGGAAGCGGCUGUUCACCUACUCAGACUGUGGGAAGGGAUUCACUCAAUAAUCUAACCUUGUAACACACGACUGGGUUAACAUUGGGGAGAAAGUUCCAAGAAGCUGCAGGCUGGAUAUUAGUCCAUCCCCAUUGCUGAAUGCAAUUUCAGGAGUGACUGGGGGAGCCUAGUACAAGAGGGCAUGACUUAAGGUUUGCAGGGCGCCCAUGCAGAACAGAGAUGUGGAGAAUUUUUUUUAGUCAGAGGGUGGUGAAUCUGUGGCAUUUUUUUGCCACGGGCAGCAGUGGAGGCCAAGUCAUUGAGUGUGUUUAAGGCAGAGAUUGAUAGGUAUCUGAGUAGUCAGGGCAUCAAAGUUUAUGGUGAGAAGGCGGGGGAAUGGGACUAAAGGGCAGAUUGGAUCAGCUCAUGAUGAAAUGGUGUAGCAGACUCGAUGGGCCAAAUGGCCGAUUCUGAUCCUGUGUCUUGUGGUCAUAUGUGAUUUUUUUUCUCAUGUGCGUUAUUCUUCUUCCUCCUUCUGUCCAAGGUAGUGUUAAUCUAGGUGGGUUUGAAUGUAAAUAGACUUUUCUAAACUUGUCAUUUCUGUUCUUACUUAUCUUUGUAAAUUUUAUGAUCGA